UUCAGACAGAGAGAGGGAGAGAGAGAGAGAGAGAGAGGAAGAGAGAGAGAGAGAGAGAGAGAGAGAGAGAUGGCAACGAGAAAGGCGUGCGGUGAUGCGCCCAAAAGGAGCCGGAGUCCGGUCGUGUUGGAGGCGGAGAUGUUCAGUGAAUUUCAGGACUGGUGUCUCCGGACUUAUGGAGACUCCGGUAAAACAAAGACGGUCACCCGGAGAAAAUACAACAAGAUCAUGCAGACACUGUUGCAGAACGACGAGUCGGACGGCGUGUACAUCGACAACAGCCACAUCAACGCCAAAUUCAAAUUCUGGGUGAAGUCCAAAGGGUUUCAGGUCGGAACCAACGUGUUGGGAGAGCACAACAAGAAGGGAGCUCCGGGGAAACCCGUCCUCUAUGUCCCGGUCAAGACCACGUGCUCAGAUGGGAAUUCGGCCCAAGAUAACUCCUCCCUGAAGCGCGUGGCUGUGGUAGAAGACUUCUUUGACAUCAUCUAUGCCAUGCAUGUGGAGAUGGGCGCCGACCCCGGGAGAGCGCCCAAACAUGCAGGCCAAAAGAAGACCUACAAAGCGAUAGCAGAGACCUACGCCUUCCUGCCCAGAGAGGCGGUGACUCGCUUCCUAAUGAGCUGUGGAGAGUGUCAGAAGAGGAUGCACAUCAACCCCAGCACUGCAGAGUUCAAAGAAAAUGACAGACCCACCUCACUGGUCCCGGACCUCAUUGAUUACAACAUGCCUCUUACUGCCACCUACCUGAAACAAAUGAAGCUGCAGUGCAUGACAGCCACUGAAAGGGAUGACAGCUCGGUGAGCAGCGAGGACAUGAACGGCGUUGAGCCCGCAUGGGUCGCAGCUGAGCAGCAGCCCCCAGUGCCUGAGCCCAGUCCACCUAACGGAGAGAGAGUCAGCAACCCAGCAGCCCCCAUUAAAGAAGAGGACGAUGACGACUCCUCGGAGAGCGGCAGCGCCAACGGGCUGCCGGCCCUGACCUCCCCGGAGGUGCUGGCUGUGGGUGGGAACCCCCCAGAUGGUGGGGCCCCUUACGGGGAGGUGACAGAGAACGGGCUGAGCGCUCCCCUGGACUUCAGCACCACCUCGCCCUCGUCCUCCUCAGAGGAUCAGCAGCCGGUCAAUCUGAGUGACAGACUGCUGCCGGCGGGGAGCUCGCCGCUGAACUCUUACCCCGCAGACGCCAACAGGAAGUACCCCAUCAAAACAGAGUACGCCAACAAGUCCCCUCCUUACAGCUCAGGAAGCUAUGACUCUGUGAAAACUGAACUGAGCAUGAGCGCUGAGGACUUGACCUCUGGUCGGGCACAGAUAAUCGACGACGACGACGACGAUCAUGACGACCACGAUGACAGCGACAAGAUCAAUGAUGCUGAGGGUAUGGACCCUGAGAGACUCAAAGCCUUCAAUAUGUUUGUGCGUCUGUUCGUGGAUGAGAAUCUGGACCGCAUGGUGCCCAUCUCCAAACAGCCCAAGGAGAAGAUCCAGGCCAUCAUCGAGUCCUGUAGCCGCCAGUUCCCAGAGUUCCAGGAGCGCUCCCGCAAGCGCAUCCGCACCUACCUCAAAUCCUGCCGCCGUAUGAAAAAGGGCGGUUUUGAGAUACGACCAACACCUCCUCACCUCACCUCUGCCAUGGCUGAGAACAUCCUCGCUGCUGCCUGUGAGAACGAAACCCGAAAUGCUGCCAAGAGGAUGCGGCUCGAUGUCUACCAAGCGGAUGAGCCCACCUCUGUUGACAAGACCAAUUCGAGGGACCCGGCCUCUGUGGCCCCGUCAGGGUUCACCAUUUCCAGCGCAGCUUUUGCCCAAGACCAGCUCUACACCAAUGGAGGCCUCAACUACAACCUGCGAGGAUAUGGGACGGUCGGCAGCAACCAGCAGAACUCUGGUGCUGCACACGCCAACGGUCCCACAGAUCUGAGUAUGAAGUCAGUCGGCCCGAACUCCACCUCCGCCAGCUCCAACAGUCACGGUCAGGGAGGCGGUGGCGGCGGAGCUUCGGCUCAGCUCAGCCCUCCUGAGGUCACGGCGGUGAGGCAGCUCAUCGCGGGAUACCGAGAGUCCGCCGCCUUCCUGCUCCGCUCAGCAGACGAGCUGGAGAACCUGAUCCUGCAGCAGAACUGAGUCCGAGCCGAACCUCCUCCUAGCCUGUCCAUCUCCGUCGCCCUCAGUCACACGUGUCUGGGCGGACUUUCAUACAAAGACACAAACGUACACGAGUGAUACCGCAGUGCACGGUGGGUCCUGUAGGUACGGUACCUUUACUUAUUCCCACGUGUUUAUGUGUUUGGACGGGCCGGAACAUAUCACAGGCUGAAAAAAUGUUUAUUUAUGCAUUUGGUUCACUUUGACCUUAGUGCCCUGUUAUCUGUAGCCACUCAUCCCAUUCAGUUCAUUUUACCACUUCAACCUCCAUUCGUCUCAGGAAGCGAUGAGCUAUGUGAAGGAAUGAUCUGCACUGGUGCACAGGGGGAGUACCAGAACCUUAAACUAGCUGUGACCAUGAUGCCACAUUGGCUCGUUUAUGCAGAUGUUUGGACAAAUUCAUAGUUGAAUAGCAGUGAUUUAGUGUCAUGACCUUGUUUCUAUUUUUACACAGAUAGAAAAAUGUGCUGUGCAGUGGUAUGAUCAGAUUGGGUCGUCUGAAUCAAGUCAUUUCUAAACGAGAAUUCUCUCCAAAUUCACUUCUGUCUCAUGGAGUGUUGCUUUCUGAAAGUCCGCAGAUGAAUUGCUGCUAAAUCCACUGACCUGUUAACCUCAAAAACUACUGAAGGAUAUGCUGACUUAAAUAUACGCAAAAAACAUGUAGAGAAAAGACUAAAAACAGGACAGUGUUUGACAGUUUUCACCUGAAAAGUUUGACCAACAAAACUAUACCUCGGUCCUGCUCUGUUGGAGUGGUUUCCAGAUUCUUCUAGGCAUGUGGUCACUAAGAGACAAAGACUCAUUACCCCAACGUGACUUUAUUUUCAGUUACUUUAUUACGAAUAUUUCUAUCACGGGCAAUUUCUCAUUACUUAAAAGGAAAUGAGGCUUUUAAGAAGCCUGGGUAUGCAAAUUGAGGUCACAGACACCUGUCAGGGAAAAAAAAGGAGAUUAAUAUAUUGUUUAGACUCUUGGUUUAUAACCAGUGCUACUGGAAAAGAGGAAAACGGUGCAAUAUUGAAGAUAAUCAGUAAUGGUGGGCUUACUGAAAUGGCUCUGUCAGACUUGCUGAAGCGUUUUAAGGCAAAAAAGCGGAGUACUUUACCACAAUCUCCUCCCGCUGUAACUGUCAAGUUGUAAAAAAAAAAAACAGAAACGAUAUCCCAUGCAGCAUUGUAGCCAAUUUCAAUGUUGUUGUUUGUUGUGAAUACUGAUCUUCAUCGCUAACCUCAUAACUGAGGCACUUUCAUGUAUUGGGAUCAGUCAUCCGUAGUGAUAAAAGGAAAUGGGACCUGGCAGAAAAAUGAGACUUAAUGUUGCACGUCUUUUUUUUUUAAAAAGUGGGUUUGUUUUGUGAAGGAUUUGUCCUGUGAGUUUUUAUUUAAAGUUAAAAAGGAGCACAUUGAGCUCACAUGCAUCGGUGUAACCCUAACAUCCACGUGGCUUUACUGGAUGUGAGUGUGUGUGUGUGGGCUGUAUCAUCCCCUCUGACCUCAGCUGUGUCAAACCCUCUCUCUCAUCUCCAUCAUUGAUAUCAUGUCUGAAAACACACUGUCUGAAAAGAAGCAAGAGACAAUCCUUGAAAAAGAUGUAAUCGCAUCACAGUUUACUCUCCCAGCUUUCUGCUAUGGUGUGUGUGUAUGUGUGUGUGUGCGUGUGUGUGUGCGUGUGUGUGGUCUGAGGGCACACGAGAGUACUCAAAGCAGAUCUAGAGCACAGUCUCACAACAGACACUUUUAAUGGUGAGUCACUCGGCACAAAAACCUGUCACGAAAGUGUGUGUGUGUGUAUUUUUAUUCCCUUUUUUCCGAUGGUGUAAGUGUUGGUAUUGACAGUAUGUUUGUGUGUAAGUGGAGUGACCCAGUUUGUACGGCAUCGCAGUAGGCUGAAACAUUCCAAACAAGGACAAUGACUCUUCAAGCAGCCGAAAAGUGGCUCGCACCUUAUUGAUUUGUCAAAGUUUAGAGAGAUAUAUUUCUGUAUUUAUCACAAAUCUUAUCAAAUUUAUCAGUUAUUUAUCAUGAAUCAGUCUAUUUCUCACCACCACCAGGCCGGUCUACAGUUGGAUUUACGCGCUAAACGACUAUUUUACAUUCCCAUGCCCGUGUGUUGGGAUGCAUUACAUUUACAUUUAAAUUCUUUUAUAUCUAUUGCAAGUUCGGAAGCACUUUAUAGCUCAGGAUUAAGGUAACAUAACACAGUGAUUUGAGUGUGUCUUUACCUCAUUUGGAAUAUCAGCUUCAGUUCAGUCAUAUUGAGAACUGAUCAUAGCAAAAGACAGAAGCAGCGCUCAGUCUGCUUUAUUAAUGAAAUAAAGCUCCUUCUUGAAAACCUUAUUGGGGCUCGGUUUGAACUUAUCACGGAGGGGUGUUUCAUAAAGGAGGCUCAGAAAAGCAGGAUUUGUUGUGAAAAGUCCGUCUUGAAUUUGCCUAAAAAAUGGAAUCAGGAUGAAUCUGUUUCAUAAAGCAGGUUUGGAGCUAAAUCUGGUUUAUUUCAGGAUGAUGAGGCGUCGCUCGUACGGAGAGAAUUAUCCCCUGAAUCUGCAGCUCCUCUCGACUUUAUGGAGCUUUAAAGUGAAUUUUGGCGUUUAUCUGUCGGGCCUGCAACUCCUCUUUUCGGCUGCGACAGGCAGCUGUUUUCAGCUAAAACACCACCUGCUCAGCACCAAACAGCAGACUGACACAGUUAGCGACUAGCUGGUGAACAUAAUGGAACAUUUAGCAGCUAAAGAGCAGAUAUUUCCCAAAAACA